UCCCACCGCGGGAUUGCUGCGGGGCAUCGGCAGGGCCCGUCCAACCCCAGGGUUGCUGCGGGGGCAUCGGCCGGGGCUCGGGGCUUGUCCUGCCCUGGAGCCGGUGGGCAGGGACGGAGCCUGGCGUGAGGGUGGGGAGGGCGAUACCCGCCCAAGGGACCCGGCCCCCGGUGCAGCACCGCGCUCAGCGGCCCCGGCCCGAGCGAUGGAGCGGUACCACGUCCUGGAAAUGAUCGGCGAAGGCUCCUUCGGGCGCGUGUAUAAGGGGCGCCGGAAACACAGCGCCCAGGUGGUGGCCUUGAAGUUCAUCCCCAAGGUGGGGCGGUCUGAGAAGGAGCUGAAGAACCUGCAAAGAGAAAUUGAGAUCAUGAGAGGCCUCCAUCACCCCAACAUCAUCCAGAUGCUUGACAGCUUUGAGACUGAUAAGGAGGUGGUGGUGGUGACUGACUAUGCAGAGGGGGAGCUUUUCCAGAUCCUGGAGGACGAUGGGAGUUUGCCUGAGGACCAGGUCCAGACCAUCGCUGCUCAGCUGGUCUCUGCUCUCUAUUACCUGCACUCCCACCGCAUCCUGCACCGAGACAUGAAACCCCAGAACAUCCUUCUGGGCAAAGAUGGUGUUGUCAAGCUCUGUGACUUUGGGUUUGCCCGUGCCAUGAGCAUCCAUACCAUGGUGCUGACCUCCAUCAAGGGCACCCCACUGUAUAUGUCCCCUGAGCUGGUGGAGGAGCGGCCGUAUGACCACACAGCAGAUCUCUGGUCUGUGGGCUGCAUCCUGUACGAGCUGUUUGUGGGCACUCCUCCCUUCUACACCAACAGCAUCUUCCAGCUUGUCAGCCUCAUCGUCAAGGACCCUGUCAAAUGGCCCACGGCCAUGAGCCCGGUGUUCAAGAGCUUCCUUCAGGGACUACUAAUGAAGGACCCCCACCAGCGUCUGUCAUGGCCAGAGCUGCUCUCUCACCCAUUCAUUGCUGGACGGGUUACUGUGAUCGAUGACACAGAAGAGCAUGGGAUCUCAAACCCCUUUACCACAAAGCUGUCCCCAGAACUGCAGGCCCUGAAGGAACAGCAAGCCCAUUCCCUGGUCCCCAGGAGCAGCCAGUCCAGGAUCCUGAGAAAGGCCCAGCGGAAGAUGGUUGAAGAGGCACAGAAAAAGGGGCAACUGAAGGCAGGUGAUGCAUCUAUGAAGGACUCUGGCAAUGGACACCCCAGGCAUAGACCCAGAGCAGGUCCAGGCAAGGCAGCCCCUGAGGAGGGGGAGCCACUGGCUGCCUCCAAUGAGAAUAACUCUGGUCUCCUGCAAGGAAAGAGCAGCAUGGCAGAGUGGGAAUUGGAGGAGUCUCUUCCUGACCCAUGCCAGCACAGCAUCUCUCGAGACUAUGAGCGGGAGUUUCCUGGAGCAGGUGCCUCUCCACAGCCUGAUGCUGGCAGGGCAGAGCCCUGGGGCAGGCGCAGCAUUGAGGCCGUGGACCUGGAGAGUGAGGAGCUGGAGAGCGAUGAGGAGUGGCAGCACUUGAUUGAGGCCACUGAGCCCUCGGCCAUGCAGCUGAGCACACCUCUGAGCCUCCUGAGGGACCCAGCCUUUCAGCACCGUGUCAAGGACUGCCUGGCAGACUCUGCUCAGCAGGUGCUGGAAGGGAUGCUGGAGGGCGCCUCCUAUCUCCGUCCUGUGCUUCGUGUCGUGGGGAACCUCCUGGCUACCCGGUGUGACUCUGAGCUGCUGGACCACUUCUGCCAAGAACUGAAUGUGCCUCUGUCCCUGCUGUGUUUAGCCAAGCAGAUCCUGGAGAGUGGUUGCACCAAGCAGCAGCCCUGGUGUAUCACUGUGCUGACAGACCUCCUCAUGGUGACCACGGUUUAUUUCAGCAGUGAACGCAGCCUGGAGGAGAGUGGGCAAAAGGACAGCCUGCAGACCUUCCAGGAGAGUGCUGGCUGCUUCCUGGCCCUGCUGCCGGAGCUGCUGGCUGAGCCAGUCGACAGUGAGAUGAGACUCUGCCAGCAAAGCCUCCUGUGGUGGCAACCCCUGUGUCUUCCCCAGUGCUUCACCCAGCUCUGUGAGAGCCUGGAUGCGACAGACCCCUCCAUCUCUGCACCCUUCUACGCCAGCCUGCGAGAGGAGCAUCAGCCACUGCUGAACAGACUCCUUCGCGGAUCCAUCUCAGAGCAGCCUGCUCUGCGAGGUAGCAUGGUAGCAGCUCACCACUUCUUCCUGGGGUUUCCCUUCUCUCUCUCUUGCUCUUGGGCUCCAUCAGAGCACUGGCAGCCAUUGCAGUGCUGUUGGCCAGAGAAGGUGGCUGAAGCUUAUCUGCCCAGACCCCUACUGACCAGGGCUCUUCUCUCCCUUAAUCUCAGAUCUCACCCUCGUCAUGUCAUAAGCUUUUCCUCUCUUGCCCUCCCACCUCAUCCUGCUGCCUCUCAACACCCUCAGCACAUGACUCCCAAGCUCUGCCCCUGUGUAGGUGCAGCGAUGGAGGCCAAGUCAGACCAGAGCCCAUGUGUGGCAGACCUCUUCAUGGCUGCACUGGCUGCUGCCUGCAGUAUCCCCCUGGAGAGGAACAGCUGUCGGGAAGCCAAGCAGCAGGUCGCUCAGGCAAUAGCUGAAAAGCUUAUGGAAGGAGAGAGCCAGCAGCUUGGGAAACUGCUGGGAAGACUGGAGCACUCAAGCUGCUCCUUGAACAUACUGAAGAUCCUCUAUGCUGGCUGCCAUGCCCAUCCAAGCCUGUGCCAGCACCUGGGAAGGAGCCAACGGCUGUGGGGUUUCCUCAUGCAGCUCUUGAAGGGUGAGGUCCCCUUGGUGGAGGUGGCCCAGGAGGCAGCCUGUGAGGCCUCUGUGUGCCUGCUAGCCCUGCUCACUCUGCACUUUCAGGCCUCCCCUCCCAGGCUUGAGGAGGUGGUUACCUUGGCUGUGGACCUCAUCACGCAAUCUCCUGUUGUCUGCCUUGUGGGUGCUGCAGCAUUCCUCCUGGCACAACUCAAUCAGCAUGGGGUGGCCUUGGAGCUCAAGGGAGAAGAGGUCCUACCAGUGGUGACAAAUGCGCUGACAACACCUGCUAAGCUGCAGCUCCCCCUGCCAAGGGGUGCUGGUCUCUAUGAUGGGCUCUUUUUCCUCCUGCUGAAACUCCUCGCUCAGGAGGAUGUGGCCAUGGAGCAGGGCUUUGCCUCCUCAGAGCUGUGGAGCCUGGUCUGGCAUUGUGUUGCUGUGGUGCUUCAAGUGGGCAGUGACAGGGCAGCGCUGGAGGGAGAGCCCCCAGGGGCAGGCCACCCCAUGGCAGAGCCAGACUGGAACCUCCUUUCCCCUCAAGGCACCCUGCUCUUCCUCAGCCUGGCCCUCUGCAUCUUCACUCGUGAGUCGCACCAGUGCCUGCCUCAGCUCACCCAGUCCCAUGGUGUCCUCAUGGUGACCCUGAAGAGACUGCUGUCCCCCAGCUUCCUGGAAUGCCUGGCACAGACGCAAGCAGGAGAGGAUGGGGACCCUGAGGUUAUCCCAGCUGUGGUCAUCCAGGCCUGCCAGCUCCUCUGUUUCCCUUUUGCCCUGGAUGUGGAUAAAGACACCUUAGCACUGAUCUUGGAGGCUAUGAGAGACACCCAGAUCCCUGCCCAGCUGCUGCAGGUCUGCUCUCGCCAUCUGCCCUUCUCAUUCACGGAGCUCCCUAUGAGCCUCUUGUGCCACCUCGUUGUGUUUGACACUCAGGUCAUAGACCAAGUGGUGAGGGAAGCUGCCACCUCGGAGCAUGUAAUUGCCUUUUUCAAAUCUGCCUUGUUCUCAGACAACCUCACACUCACAACUGACCUCCUGUCUCUCUUGACCCACGUGGCCCGGGCCUGUUCGGAGCAUCUGCCCUUUCUCCAGAGGAUCCUGAGGGGCUUGGAUGUGGCUGACCAGCCACUGACCUACCUGCUCGGCCACCAGCAAUACCUGAUACGGGCCAAAACCUGCAAUCUGCUGGGCAACCUGCUCCGACACGGCUUUCCUGCGGUGCUGCAGAGCCAUCCCGGCUGGCUGGAGAGCCUGCUGGGGUGCCUGUCGGACGCGGAGGGCAGCGUGCGCAAGGCAGCCAGCUUUGCUGUGGGCAACGCCGCCGGCCACGCGUCCUGCCCGGCCGGGACCCUGCGCAAGGCCGUGCCCGCGCUGGCCCGGCUGCUCAGCGACCUGCAGGCGAAGACGCGCUGCAACGCGGCCCUGGCCCUGAGCAACCUAGGCCAGCGCGGGGCAGAGCUGGGCGACCUGCUGAUCCAGAGCAGGGCCCCCCACUUCCUGCUGCAGGUGGCCUGCCAGGACCCCUGGGAGAGCGUGCGGGAGGGAGCCCUCGUGGCGCUGCGGGUCCUCAGCGAGCACCCCGGGAUCCAGCAGGUGCUGCUGUCCCUCGGAGCCCCCGACAGGUUGGCCGCGCUGGCUGGCGGCAGCCCCCGGCCGCCUCAUGCCCGGCAUUGCGAGGAACUCCUUCGCCGGCUCGCAGCCGUGCCCGGUCCCGCGUGUCCCCGCCGGCUGCCGCCCGGCACCGGCGCCGAGCGGUGACGCCCGGGCAUCCCGGCACGGCACCGGCGCUUCCCUCGUCCUCCUCGGGCCCCAGCCCGACCUUCCGUGGAACCCGCGUUGUCCGCCCGAGGGGGACCCUGCCCGGUCAGCUUUAUCCGGGGCGCCCCCCGGGAGAAGCCGGUCUUGGAAAAAAAACCCGCCCGUUCCUUAAGGAAGCGCCCGUUUCCCGGCGGCUCCCGGGGCUCGCUCCGCCGCGCCGCCAGGGGGCGAUGCAGCCUGCGGCGCGGGGGCUGCCGGGAGGUGUAGUCACGUGGGCCUGCCGGCUCCCCAUGGUAACGGCGGCGGCGGGUCCGGCGGGUCCGGCGGGCGGUGAGUACGGCGGGGCCCCCCCGGCACCGGGGCCCUGCUCCCCCGGGCAUGCGUGUCUCCCUGAGUGCCACCCGCAGGGUCCCUCCACCGGGCCAUACUACCUUUGGCCCCCCGCUGCCUUCCUCCGCCCCUCCUGCCCCACCACCGUUCCCGGCCCCCGAGGAGGCAUCGUGCUCCCUCCCGGGUCUCCUCGCGGGGCUGGCCGUGGCCUUGUUCCAUUCCCCACUCGGGAGCACUCUGUGGCGGGAAAUGCUGGGGUUGGCGGCCUGUCAGGCCGUCCUGGAGCAGUACAGAGCAUCCUGGUAGCACCUUUGGCCUCAAAGACUUUCACUUGAAGAAAUGAGACACAGAGCGUAUUCCCCGGGCGAGUGGCAGGGAUUGAGUAGAGCUGGCUCCCCAGCCAGCCACAGCCUCAGGGAACCUCUCCAACGGCACUUGGAGCAGCUGUGAGGCUGGAGCUGGGAUUGACCAGGUCGGAGUGGGGCACUGGGGCAGCCUGGCUGUUCGUCCUUCCAUUGGGGUCUUGCCUUGACAGCUCUUGUGUUGUAAAAAGAAGCCGAUGGGUCUGACAGGCGAAAGGCAGAGCUGAGUUGAAACAAGCCUGGAGUGUUUCCUGAAUGCCUCCAGGGUCUGGGCUGAGAAUGAGGGGCACAGGUGUGUAAAGCCCUGUAGCACUGUUCCAGCCUCCUGUCACCCUGCCUAGCUGGGCUGUGGGUAGCUCAUGGGAGGCAGAGUUCAGCUCCACAUCAAAACCCUACCUCCAUGACUCCCUGAGAUGCUACUUCUCUUGCUCAUUGUGGUAUGUUGCUCACUGAACAAGCAGGUGACAUCUAGUGGCUUCUGAACAGUUUGUGGGAAUUAACAGUGAAUUGUUGGUCUGAUUAGAGUUUUAUCUAAUAAAUUUUCCUUGAUUCUUAGUGUUUGUACCCAGCAGAUAGUAGCACUCUGUUCUUGCAUUGCUGCCUUGCUGCAGUCGUUAACUUUUGUGUUAGGUGAAGUUUGUUGAUACAGAUUGGCCCCUCCCACUCCUCACUCAUGCCUGGGGCCCUUCUCAGCACAGCAGGGAUCACAUUUUGAGGAGGAGCUGAGGGGACAAAUGUCACUGUCCCCAGAUAAUGGUGCCUGCGUGAUGUCGUGUCACCGACACAGGUCGCGCACUUUGGCUGCUGUGCCAUUCUGGCUGGGUGUCACUCCUUGGCAUUUCCUAGGUUUGUCCCGGGCAUCAAGUCUGUGAGUAUUUGGCAGCUUCUUCUCAACUUCAAUCUCUCUUUCUUCUCCACUCCUGAGCUCUGAGAGAUUGCUGUAUGGAGUGAGGUUUUUGCAGUGCCUCCAGAGGAAUUUUUCCCACUCCUGUCAUGGACUUGGAAGUGUCCUCAGCAUAUAUUUGAAAGACAAACCUGGGAACCUUUUUUUCUGGUUGUAGAUAUGUUUCAGUAAAAAGUAUCAAGAGCAGAGGAUGGACAAAGAAUUUAUGUGUUUUGAACUAAUUGAGUAGUUCUUGUCUCAUUGCUCUGUGUUGAUAUUUUAUACUUGUUCCACUCGCUCAAAAUCUUCCACUUUUAUUUCUCUACUAAAGGCCAGACUGCCUAAGACCAGACGGAGCUGUGCUGACCACCUGUCAGUUCCUGCACUGGUGGCCAAAGUCUUCACAAGUCUUGCUGUGUAAUUCUCCUGUACUUUUUCUCCCAUCAUGAAACUCAGUUGCUGUCCCUUCAGUUUGAAUCUUCAGGAAGGGGCUUUAGACCUCCUUGGUGAAAUGCUGUUAAACACCCCAUGGUUUAGCUUGUCGCUUUUAACCCAGACUCGCUUCCCUACUCUUGUUUUACACUGUGGUACAACUGGUCCCAUAGCCCAUACGAUUAGAAAGAAUAAAUCAGGGAUGGGAGCAAGGACAGGCACUUCCCAGCUUCACUGCUGGAGAAACAGAGCUUCGUGGUCCACUGUCAUUGUGCAGCGUGUCCACUUUGGGGCCUGGGGAAUCUGCCAGGGAGAAAAGUUGAUAUCCUUGGGGGAUUCCAUACCCUGCACCUUUUGGCCUUUGCUAUGGCCCGCACACUGUCUGGUCACAGCCAGGUCAGCCCUCCUGGUGUGAGCACUGAGACAGCCCUUUAUUUUAGAUGUCCCUGGUGCACUCUCUCCAUGGCAAAGCUGCAGCCCUGGAUUGUCUGCCUAACGAUGCUGGAGUCCUUCACAUCAUCUGGCACUGUGCUCCAGUGCCCUGAGAGUGGUGGGAAAGUCCCUUGUGAACUCAAAGACAAGAGCCUUCAGUCCCCAGCCCAGCCUGUGUGUGCAUGGAGGGAGGCAUUUGCUGCAGCACAGGGUGAGGUCGUGGCUGGAUUCCAGCUCUUCCACGGCUUGGUCCAGCACCCUGCUGCCCCUAAGGAGGUCUGCCUCCACCUCGGGAAUGGGAGUGAACACUGGAGCUGUUCUGCUUAGGUAAAGGCUCAUUUUGAGCAGCCAUACACUUCUCAUACCUCCUUUAUUCAGUGUGGAGUGCAGUUCAGCACUGCAGCUGUUGAAUGGAAAUUACUAGCCCCAGCGCAAAUUCUGGGCACAGAUGUAAUCCUAGGAUGCAGGUGGAAUUUGCUGAUGCAUCCCCAUAGUGGGUGGUUUCUCACUAGUAUCUUUUGACCUGAGUGGCCAAGCAAAAACUUGUGGUCUUGAUUAAAAGAGAAAUUGUCAUCCUCUUGUUUUGCACCCAAAAUGUGGUUCUGCAGGAUGAUACCGGAGCUGAGAGGGAACAACAGUGCUUAACUGUGUGGCAAAGCAGCACAACUGUUGGUCCCUGUGCCACUGGCAUUUUUGUGUUGGCCAAACUGUCUCUGAGCUGUUUUGUCCUCACGGAUGACUUCUUGUGGCCAGCAGAACCCUUUGCUCUUCAGCCUGAACUUGUGGGUGAAGUUGGACAUUGCUUUGUCUCAGUGUGUGACUGCACUUGAGGCAAUUUGUUUCCUGGAGCUGAUGUAGGGGAGGGCUGUUUCUGUGCUGUUGAAACAACAAGUUUGUACCUAGCUACCAGGUAUUGGAGCAACUUUAGACACUCAAUCAGUUGGUUUCAGAUCAAUGGUGUUGGACUUGUUCAAAGUUUUAAAUUUUUUUAAAGGGGUACAAACCCUUAUUUUGAAAUAUAUUCAUUUUAAAACCUA